ACAAAUUUAUCAUCGGAAUAAUCGAAACAUGAAAUCUUCUAAACAAAAUUAUGUUUCUUUUUCUACUGGUAAUUUUAUGAAAAACCCACUUAUAUUUUGGAUCUUGGUAUUCUUGACAUUAUCAUUGGCUGCAAAAAUUACAGUUGCUGAUGAUGACACUGAUCAAACAAGAGAUUACAUUGUGUUUACUGAUCAACCCGAAGGCCAAGACCUGAGAGACUAUGCAAUUCAGAUUCUGAGUGCAGUUCUUGGCAGCAAAGAGGAUGCAGAGAAGGCAUUAGGAUAUGUAUAUAGGAAUGUUGGGCCUGGAUUCUCUGCUAGGCUCACUCCAAAGCAAGCCUUACUACUUCAAAAUCAACCUGGUGUUUUGUAUGUAAAAGAGAGCGAAAUGUAUCAGCUCCAUCCCCAUCCUCAUCAUGAUGAGGGACAGAGUGGAUGGAGCCAGAGUUUAUGAUCUUGAGGAAUUCAUGUAUUUUUCCUUGUGUUUUUAGGUUUUUUUUUUUUUUCGGGUGUGAUGUAGAACUUUCAUUUUAGGGAGGGAUAAUGUAUGCUUCAAGCACUACUAGAUUUUGCCAACGGUUGAAGAAAAGACUGAAGACUAAAUAUGCCAAUUUACAGUGUCAGUGAGCUUUAAUAAACAGGUCAAAUUUUGAAAUGGUGGAAAUGUUUUGCGACAACAGAGGUUGCCUUCCGUAAAAUCAGGAACCUAAAGGUAAUUCCGAAUGGAGCUCUCAAGCACCGGAUUGAGGAGUGGAAAGAGAUCCUUUUUUCUUGGUGAACCUCAAUUAUGUAAUUCAUGGUGUUUGUAAUGUUGAUUUGAAAAAGGAAAUUAAUAAAAGAAUAGAGUGAUG